UUUGAUAUUUUAACCGAAAAUUGAUAACUGUAACAUAGAAUAGAUCAUUUCGAUUGCAUCUUCAUUGAAGUUUUAAUUACAAAAAGUGAAAAGUGUAAAUAAAACAGCGAACAGAAAACAAAUAAAUACGAAAAAAAAGAACGAGUGAAUUGAACAUAAAUAAAUUUUUGUAUCUAUAUGUAAGUUGUUGUGUGGAACCACCCUUUUUGCGCAUCCAUUGAACAUUAGUACGCAUUCGGUGUAUGUAUACAUGUGUGUGUAUGUCAAAGAUAAAGUAUAGCACGAGCUAAGCAACACCAAUUCAAAUUACAUGAACACUCGUAUCGGGAUACUGUUUGUUUUUUUUUUACCACCAACACAUCCAAUAUAUAAGCGCAGUGUUAUCCUUGUUCAUAUUGCCGCGUUGCCGCCACCGUAACUACCACUCUAACAACAAUACCUCGUGAACUCGAUUUUGUACUGAAGAAAAAAAGUCAUCAACACACAUACACACACAAACAUGGCUGUUCCAAUUUUUGCAGAGGGUCGUCUCGGCACCACAUCCGACAAAGGUGUGCCAGAUAUGACAUUAAUAUCGGAUAUCGAUGAAAAUGGCAUAAAUCACAAUUUGAAAGUUCGCUACGAUAGAGAUCAAAUAUACACUUAUACAGGCAGUAUUCUAGUGGCCGUAAAUCCGUACAAAGAAAUAGACUGUUACACAUUGGAAUACGUAUUUAAAUAUCAUGGCCAAAAAUUGGGCAUAUUGGAACCACAUGUAUUUGCAUUGGCCGAAGCUGCUUAUCGAAAUAUGCUGGACAGUGAUCGAAAUCAAUCGUGUGUUAUAUCAGGUGAAUCGGGUGCGGGAAAAACCGAAACGACCAAAUUUGUGCUGCAAUAUUUAUGCUCUGUGACAUGUGAUGUGUCUACAUGGGUGCAACAACAAAUUCUCGAAGCAAACACAAUACUGGAGGCAUUUGGCAAUGCAAAAACCGUUAGAAAUGACAAUAGUUCGCGUUUUGGAAAAUUUAUGCAAGUCUGUUUCGAUGCCAAAUGGUGUAUAAAAGGUUGUAUUAUACAGGAUUAUUUAUUGGAGCAAUCACGAAUUACGUUUCAAAGUGCCGGCGAACGAAAUUAUCAUGUUCUUUAUCAAUUGGUGGCCGAAGGCAAACGAAAUGAAGAAUUGGCCAAAACUCUUCAUUUACGAGAUCCAUCGUUCUAUCGAUAUCUGAAUGGUGGUCCAAAUACGAAUAAUGGCGCUACUUAUACCGAAGCCGAAAUUCAUUUAGAAGCCAAACGAUUCGAAGCGUUACGAUUGGCGUUCACCGUCCUUCAAAUACCAGAAGCAAUUAUAAAUGGAAUAUUAAAAGUAUUGAGUGCCAUUUUGUGGUUGGGAAAUUUGGAUUUUGCUGACGUGGAUGGCGAACGAUGCGAAUUGACCGAUUCAGAUAACGAUAUUGUUAAAAUUGUGGCCAAAGUGAUGGGCAUUCAAGAAAGUGAAAUUAUUCAAGUUGCACUCAAACGUCAGAUUAAUGUACGCGGAAAUAUCACUGAAAUACCAUUGAAAGUACAAGAAGCACGAGAAAAUCGAAAUGCGAUGGCCAAAGCGCUCUAUUCACGCACAUUUGCUUGGUUAAUCAACCACAUAAAUACAUGUAUAAAUCCAGGAAAUGAUGCCAGCCGAUUUUUGGGCGUUUUAGAUAUUUUCGGUUUCGAAAAUUUUGCAGUCAACUCCUUUGAACAAUUGUGUAUAAAUUACACAAAUGAAAAAUUGCACAAAUUCUUCAAUCACUAUGUUUUCGCAUUGGAACAAGAAAGUUAUAAACAAGAAGAGAUUACAUUUUCGCAUAUUCAAUUCACUGAUAAUACGCAAUGUUUGGAAUUAAUUGAGAAGCCACCUCGUUGUAUUUUAAAAUUGCUAACGGAACAAUGUCACAUGCCAAAAGGAUCCGAUACAGCCUAUUUAACAAAUUUACAUGGCGAAUUUGAAUCGAAUAGUUGCUACAUCAAAGGUGCAGAUCGUCGACACUGGGAAACUGAAUUCGGUAUUCGACACUAUGCUGGCUGUGUGAGCUAUGUCGUUGAAGGUUUUGUUGAUAAGAAUCGAGACGUUCAGCAAGAUGUUUUAUUCGAUUUUAUGAGCCGAAGUGGUAAUCCAUUCGUUCAAGAAUUGGCAUCCUAUUCGGAUCUACUUACGAUUCAGCAUCAAAAUCAAAUAAAUAACGGAACCACUGCGACCACAAUUCAACGCGGAACAUCGAAAGGAAAGCUCACCGUUUCGGAUACGUUCAGACAGCAACUUCAAUCAUUAGUCGAUGUGCUGCAAAGCACAAAUCCAUGGUAUGUAAGAUGUAUUAAACCGAAUGCCGAUAAACUCCCGAAUGAUUACGAUUCAGAGCUGGUUUUGGAUCAACUUCGUUAUCUUGGUAUGCUUGAUAUCAUUCGAAUUCGACGAGAAGGUUUUCCCAUUCAUAUGACAUUCGAUGAGUUUGUAAACAAAUAUCAAUGCCUGACAAAAUGGCAUGGCAUUAAAUCGAAUCGUGACCAAGUGACAGCGGUAAUAACGGAACUAAACAUUCCGCAAAGUGAAUGGCAAGUGGGAAAAACAAAAGUAUUUUUGCGUAGUGUUGUCCAUGAACCGUUGGAGGAUGCUCGUAAACAAGUGAUAAAUGGAAAAGCGGUCAUCAUUCAAAAGGAAUGGCGUCGAUAUAGCCAACAAAAGAAAUAUAAUAAAAUUCGAGAUGCGGCACUUAGAAUACAGCAUGCUCAUAAAGGGUGGCGAUCACGAAUCGAAUUCUUGCGCAAACGACGUGCAUGUAUUGUUAUUCAAAGUCAUCUACGUGGACUGUUUGCACGCGAAGUAGCCGCUGCGCUUCGAGAAAUGCGUCGCGUCGAAGAGGAAAUGCGAAAACGUGAACGUCUUGAAGCCGAACGAAAAGAACGAGAGAAUCAAAUUAGUGAAAAACAAGCCGAAGAUGAGCGCAAAGCAAUCGAAGAAUGCGAACGCAUGCCAAUAAAUAUUAGGAGUUCUGGCAAGGAUGAAGUCAUUUGUCGUGAAGAGAUCGAAGCAUUAUCCGAAAUUGCACAUCAAAUAAAUCACAAAUUAAAUUCGGAUGUAAACAGCAAUGUGACACAUCAGCAAAGCAACGAAUCGGUCGAUUUGGAUAAUUUGUUUGCAUUUUUGAGUGAAGUAACGCCAAAUAACAGUAACAGCAACAAUAGCAGCAGUAGCAGCAGCAAUAAUGGAAAUGAUCAUGAUAGCACUAAAGCGAUUGGCAAUAACAACACAUCAAUCAUUGACGAUAUUGAAGAAACGUUUCAUGAUUUGGAUGUGGAAUUGGAGAAUGUAUUGCAACAAGAAAUGGAGAUUAUGGAGAAUGAACGUUCAAACCCCAAAUGUUUACCGAAUGCAAAAAUGGGAAUUCCGACAUUGCCCGAACCGACCACUAGACCGCCACCACCACCAAAUGUACCAAAAACAACACCGAAUAGCAUUAGCAAUAAUUCGCCAAUGGGACUGAAUGUAACCGAUCUAAGUACCGAGGUGAUACCAUUGAACAAACCGCCACAGAAACCGGCUUAUGUUAAGUCUACAAAGCACAAUGUUCGAAAGGAGGAACCAAUCUACGAAGCGGUCAUACCACGUCAUGAGCUUCCGCCAGUCGUUGAAUUGCCCGAACCAAUAAUAAAUUCUUAUGAUGCCAAUCACAAACUAAGGCCUAAAAGUCCGGCUAUCCAUCAAGCGAUUCGGUCGAGCAGUCCACAACAACAUAAUACAGUUGGAGUUCCAGUGCAACCAUCAUCACCGAAACACAAUCGUCCAAACUCGCGUAUGUCAUCGAAUCAAUUCAAUUCGACUGCAAACAAUCAACAACAAAAUCAUUACGGAUUUUCAGCCGAACGUACGGAACGACGAAAGUUCCGAGUUGAAAAGAAAUUACAGGAAAUGCAACAAACCGAUGUGACUGAAAGAGAACGUGAAGCAACUCGUGAUGAUGUGUACUUUGAUAUACUUGAAUUCGCUGAAAAUAAUUUCAAUACUCAUGAACGUACACCGGAAGGUACCAUUAUUGCGACCUUAACUCGAAAAGGACGAAAAUCGGUGGAUUUGGUGCCCAAAUACGAAAUGAUUACAUACUAUCGCGGAAACUCGAUUCCAACGUCUCACAUUCAUAUGUAUGAUCCUGAGAAUGUCACAAUUGCCUGCAAUAUUUUCAAGGAUCUAUGUAAAUAUGCUAGAGGUGAGCUGAAUGCGGAACGAGAAUUACAGGUGAUUCAAUACAUUAUUGGUCAAGGCAUCGAAAGAGAAGAGUUGCGUGAUGAAAUAUUCGUGCAAUGUAUGCGACAAGCAACAAACAAUCCGCAUCCAGAAUGGACUGAUCGCAUUUGGCUGCUAAUGUGUCUAGCGAUUGUCGCUUUCCAACCCAGCAAACUGCUUAUAAGGUAUUAUGCAAGCUUUUUGAAGAAAAAUCUCGAAAUGUUAGAUGGUAAACUGAGACAGUAUGUACAAUGGUGUUUGGAUAAUUGCAAAUAUACCAAGGUAUCACCGCGUCAGUAUCCACCCUCUAGUGUUGAAGUGGCGGCGAUGAGACGUCUGGGAACAAUUGUAUGCAGAUUUUUUUUUCUUGAUGGCAGAACAAAGGCAAUUGAUGUUCAUCCAACGGACAGUGCUGCUGAUGCCGUACAAAAAUUGGCCGAAAAACUAUGCUUAUGCAAUACAGAUGGCUGGGCAAUAUAUCAAUCGCGACCAGAUGGCGAGGAGCAUGUUAAGAGUCAUGAUUAUCUGUACGAUAUAAUUGCAGCAUGGGAGCUGAAACAAACGAAACCAACAACAGUUACAACUCCAUCAUCCCUAAACGGCGGUAGCAAUACAAUACGACGUAAUCAAAUUGGAUCUGGUGAAAAUCGAUUUGUUUUCAAGAAACGUCUUUUCAAGAGUACACGUGAAUUAUCACAAGAUCCAAUCGAAGUGAAUAUGCUAUAUGCACAAGCGGUUUACAGCGUUGUAAAAUGUGACGAUUUCCCGGUGAGCGAAAAGGUUGCAUUACAACUGUCGGGUCUGCAAGCCCAGGUUGCAUUGGGCGAUCCAUCUGCACAGCCAAAGCCAGAAUAUUACACAGAUGUGAACAGCUUUUUGCCGGAGCGAAUAUCUGGUACGCGUGAGGAUGCUUUUUGGGUGCCAAUUUUGGCACAAGCACAUCGACAAUAUGGUGCUGGACGAACCGAACUGACGGCCAAAGUUCUAUACCUGUCAUGUGUAAUGCAGUAUCCAUUAUAUGGUACAACAAUGUUUCCGGUCAUAUAUCGUGGCUAUUGGAGCUAUGGAAAUAGUUUAAUUCUGGGUGUAAAUUGUGAAGGACUUAUGCUUAUCAAACCGGACGAUAAGUUUGUUAUUUAUGAAUUUCGUUACACCGAUGUUGAGUCAAUCAUGUUGGAUCCAAGCGAUUCAUUUAUCACAAUCACAUUGAAUCGAACACAAAAUCCAGCUGGUGACCAACAACGUUGUUUUGUUUUCGAGACAAUGCAGAAAAAUGAGAUUGGAUCGUUGAUUAUUUCAUACUAUCCGCCCUUAUCCUCUUGGAUAACUGAUAAUGAGGCUGUUAAUGGACCGGCACAAAAGCGAGUCAAAGGCGUUACAAAUGAAGAUCGAGUUCGAUUCCAUCAUAAUGUUGUGGUUUGUCGGCGACAUCUAAUCGAUACAAAUGAAUUGUUACGUAAACCUCAAGAUGGUAAUGCUGGCGGUUUCUUAAGAAAUACACUGCGCCGUUUGUCGAAGCAUCGCAUUGAAAAAUUGAGAGCCGAACAUGGUUGUGCAACGAUUCAAGAUCAUGGCGAAACAUAUAAGGGAUAUCCACAUGCGUAUUGGGCAUUUAGUCGACAACCAUUACCACAAAGUUUAACAAAAUUGCCCGAUUCCGAAGAGGAAAUUAUGUUGAAAAUAUUCCAAACGAUAUUAAAUUAUGCUGGUCUUGGCCAGAGUGGUGAAACAAUUCAAAGAGCUGAAGAUGAACAUAUUACGCUUAUUCAAUCGAUUAUGGAACGAAGUAUGCGCAAAGAAAGUCUUCUAAACGAAUUGUAUUUACAGUUGAUCAAACAAACAACCGAUCAUCCCGAUCCAAAUUCAAGAGUUAAUUUACGACACUGGGCACUUUUGUCAUUGGCAUGCAGCGUAAUUUUGCCACCGUUAAAAGUGCUACGAAAGUAUCUCAUAGCGCAUUUGAAGAGAUGUGCCAGUGAUUUUAUCACCGAAGAAGGAAAAUAUGCACGUUUUGCAGAGAAAUGUUUGUACAGAACGCAGGGAACCAGACGCCGACAAUGGCCACCGUCCCGCGAAGAAAUCGUUUGCACAAUAAAUCGUCGACCAAUUUAUGCUCGGUUCCAUUUCAUGGAUGGUCAAUAUCAUUCAGUUGAAUUUCAUCCGAGUUCAACCGCUCGUGAAGUAUUGGAAAUCAUAAAAAAUAAGAUUGGAUUGAAUGAAGGAGCGAUGGGAUAUGCAAUUUACGAAGUAUUGGGAGCAUCUGAACGAAGCUUGAUGCCGGAUGAAAAAAUUGCCGAUGUUAUGUCAAAAUGGGAGAAAUACCGUAAUGCAGCCGCCCAAGCAGUGCAACAAAAUCAAAAUGGAUCCAAUUCGAAUUUAUCGGCCGCAUGUCGACGUCAACAUCAUUUGUUCUUAUUCAAAAAGCACUUAUUCUAUGACAAGUACAUGAAUUUAGAUGAUGCGGUCGAAAAAGAGCUGUUGUACCAUCAAGUUUUACAUCAAAUGCGAAGCGAUCAUUUCCCCAUCACUGAAAUGGAUGCGGUUGUUUUGACAGCAUUGCAAGCACAACUUGAAUUGGGUGAUUUCAGCACAAAUGCAAAUGCACCAAAUGAAAUAGUGCAUGACUAUCGGCCGGUCGCAUCACAUUGUUUGCCACAACGAUACAUACCAAAUCUACCGCAACAGGCAGUUGCAAUGCAUCAUCAAUCAUUACGCGGUAUGACAUCGGCCGAGGCAAAGAAAUCAUUUUUGAACCUAAUUCAAAGUUGGCCAAUGCACAAAGCAACCAUUUUUGAUGUAAUGCAAACAUUCACAUCGAAUUGGCCGCGCGUAUUAUGGCUAGCAGUUGAUCAAAAAGGCGUCCAUUUGCUAGAGCAUCGAUCUCGAAACACACUAUGCACGUAUGAUUACACAUCGAUACUAUCAUAUUCACCAAAUAUGAAUUGUUUAAUGAUUAUCACCGGAUCCGACAAAAAACAAUCCAAAGUCAUUAUAACCACAGCACAGGCUUUCCAAAUCGCAAAUUUAAUUCGAGAAUAUACUGAGGUGCUAACACUGGCAGCCGAAGAACAAGCUAAGGAAUUUGCAAAUCAAGGUGAUAUUCGUCAACAACCGCCCCUACAACAGCACAAUCAAAUGCAAAUUGGCAACAAUCAAAUGAGAUUCCAACAACAGAUGCAACAAUCGAAAAAUGGCCAAAAUAAUAUGCCACAAAAUCAAACUCACUUCCGACAUGCACAACAAACACAGCUGGUGCCUCCACAGCCCAGCUAGCCAAGCCUGAAAAAUGCCAGCGUUAAUAUGAACUCUUUAUUAAGAAAUAAAAUUAAACGCUGAAUGCUGACUAUAUACUUGAAACUUUUUUACAGUGUUUUUAACGUUUUAUCGCGUUUUAUGUAUACUUCAGUUUUGAAUUUUUCAUCAUUUUUACUAUAUACAUCGAACUUUUUUUUGAAUAUAUACCGAUCGAUAUUUUAGUCAAAAUAUUGUAUGUAUUACGUUUUUUUCUUUCGUUCACAUUAUUUUUUAAACAAAACCGACUAUGAAAAAGAAAGACUACUAAAUUAAAUGAUCAUUGUAAAUAUUCUAUCGAUUUGAUUUGAUCAAUCAAUAAAGCUCGUAGAGUUUUAAACAGAGUGUGCACGUUGAAUAACCAAUUGUCUUACCAAAUAAAAUACUAAUGUUGUUUAAGAAUGAUGAGGUUUAGUACAAAAUCAUAAGGUCAAAAAUAAAUGUGACACAUAUUCAGGCAAACAAAAGUGUAACACUUAUUUUUGGCGUUGAGAAUUUAGUCUAGGAUUCAAAUAACUACCUUUUUUUUAAACAAAAAUAUGGCAAUCGAUGACGAUGUUUUAUGCAACACAUUUUAAAAAAUACACAAUUCAAUGCAGAGUUGAUUUAUUUAUUAUAAUAUUCGUGAAUAAAAAAACAUUUUUAGUGAGAAUGACUGAACUCUCCGCGAAAAACCAAUUUAAAAUGAAAAUAUUCAAUAAUACAUCGCUUUGUUAUGAUAUAAUAAAAAUUUAGGCAUUUAAGAACAUAUAAGCAAAGGAUGCACUGGAAUAGCAUAAUUGCCAAAAACAAAAUGUUAAAACAAACCGAAUUAUUUGAAUGCACACAAUUCAAAUAUACAUUAUAGAAAUAUUUCUUUUUUGGACAACUUUUUAUGUAUGCAGCCGUCUUAUAAAUCGUUUUUUUUUUGACACUUUUUUAAAUCCUUCAAAAUGCUUUUACCAUAUCUAUACGUGCGUUCGGUAAAUGAUUUGUUAAUAAACUGCCUAAUAACUGCCGAUAUAAUAUGUGAAUCUUUAUGUCAUAAACAAUUGGGCCACAGUUAGAUAUUUAAAAAAAAAUCAAGCCUAGCCAAGUAACAAUUCGUUACAAUAUUUAAAUUAAAUCUAUUUGACGCUGAGCUCUGGACGCUGUUUUGUUCAUGUGUGUUCAAUAAAUAAUUCAAUUUUAAUUGUUUAAUGCGCGAUUUACAUGAUUAAACAAUGGCCCAAAAAAAAAGUCAAGAAGUGCGUUUGAGAAAGUUUCGCAAUUCCGAAUGAUGGCGUGAUGAGACAUUAUAUCAUGUUAUGAAGGCACAUCUUUGAUGGAUUUUUUCUUCUCAUUCAAAGUGAGCCUCAUUGUGUAUGUGUCAAAUCACUAAUUUGUUCGGUUUGCAGUGGAGCCGUAAACAAGCGUAUUAUCAUGAUGAUUAAACGGACAAUUUCUUUUACUGAGCUAAACAAAAAUCAAGAAUAACAUGCUGAAAAUGCGUCAAAGUUAAAUGAUACUACCAUUUUUAAAAUAAUUGGUACAAUAGAUAUUGAAUGAGUUGUAUGUUGAUGAUUAUAGCUUUACGAUCGAUAUGAUAUAUUUGUGACAGGUGAAUAUUUAAAUAAACCUACAAAGUAUUUAAAAAAAAAUGAAUAUGGUUUUCAAUUAUUUAUGCGAAAAAGAAUAUUUAGUUUGGUCGCGACCCAAAGAGAACUUCGCUGGCAAAUGGUCCUCAUACUUCAACAAGCACCAUCAAAAAGUAGAGGGAGCAAACGAUUUAUA